UACGCAAAGUGUUUUGUUUACAAACAAAAACAAAACGAAAUAUUCAAAACAUUAAUUUCGAACCAUGUCCAUUGCUCAUAGUUUUUGAAAUUGUGAUGGUCUGUAAUUGUGAUCUAAUUAUUUAAAGGAAACAAAUGACAAUGUUGUGUAAACUUUUAUAAUUGUUUUAGAGACCCAAAUGUUUGAUUAUGGUUUAAAUGAACUGCAUGCCAUCAUAAUUUUAUAAACAAACACAAUUUGAGUUUCCUGUGCAACCUUGUAUUUGGCUGGCUGCAAGAAUGGAGCAAGCACGUUUGUUGAGGUGCUGCACCACGAAGUUUAUUAUUUGCGUGUUAAUUUUUUCCUUUUGUUCAUGUUUAACACCACAGUGCAGGGAUGAAAAGGGUGAAGCCGUUGACUGGUUCUAUGUCUACAAGUUGCCAAGAGAAAGGAAUCACCUGAACCCCCUUGUGAGAAAAGGAGUGGCAUACAUGCAUCUGACUCCAUCCAACUUGAGAGGAGGUUGGAUAAUGUCAGAUCUGGCGAUAAGUGAUCCUCUUUCUAUGGUUGGGAGGACAUUAGCACCAUUGUAUCAGGAUAAAAAUACAAUUUCUCUAGUGUACAAUGACCAGCCUCCAGCACCUGAACAUCAACCAGAUUUGUUGCAGUCUGUUGCUGAAAUGUACUCAAAAAGUAAAAAAGGUCAAAUGAAACAGGCAAGCAUGAAAAGAUACAAGAAGUUCAAGCUUGGUGAUAAGUACUACGAUGACUACGAUCUGGCAGAAAUGUGUAAGAUGCACUCCAAGUCUAUGAAGACGAAGGCCGAGAGUGGGCACACGAAGGGUGUUAUACUGGGAGAGAAGUUUACCUCCUUGUGGCUAGUGCAUUCUGUACCGAGGUUUCCCCCAGUACCGGAUGUGAACGGUUUGAACGUGAGUUCAUACAACUACCCUGCAACUGGCACCAAGUACGGGCAAACGUUCCUUUGCGUCUCUGUACAGACGUCCACGUUGAACCAGAUCGCUACACAGCUGAAAUACAACGAGCCUAGGAUCGUAUACCAUAAUAUACCGCAGGAGUUCAACGGUGAACUGCCGAAUUUGGUGGAUGUAGUGAAGAAUAAAACGAUAGAUGCAGCGCCUUGGUACCACAUAGGAAGUUUCGAAUCCUUGGUCGGUCGCAAGUUCCUCUCGUUUGCCAAAAGCGCUAUGUUUAACGACGAUUUGUACAGUGGACUGGUGGCGGAAGUUCUACAAUCAGAUUUACUCGUCGAAUCUUGGACCAACGGACCGGGGACUUUAGACUCUGAAUGUUCCAGAAACUUUCAAGUACGCAACAUAGAAAGGCUAAAAUUUCCAAUCGCCAAUAUGUCGUUUACAUCCCACCACGACCAUUCGAAGUGGACCGUCGCCGUAGCCAACACAACACGUCACAACAGCCAAGACACCAAGGUCGCAGACUACUGGGUCUGCGUUGGAGACAUCAAUAGAGCGUUGCCACAAGAAUCCCGUGGGGGAGGCACGGUGUGUACAUCUGGUCCGAUACUGUGGGGCAACUUUGCGCAUCUCAUAGAAUCCGUUCAGUCGUGGUACAUUUACAAACCGCCAAGUGACGUGGUGCCUUUCUUCGAACUGGGUCGAAACUUCACGUUCAUAACUCCUGACUCGCUUGGGAGAUGGGAGGUGUCCGAUAAGUAUAUCACUUCCAACUCGAUGCUGCAGCACACACUUGCUCCUAUAUUUAGGCCAACUUAUGUAGAUUAUCUAGCAGUAGCAAUAUACGACAAACGCGAUGGUAAACGAAGUUUCGCAGGUUCUGUAGCCCGCGGUGUUCUUAUGGCAGAUGAGGUGGGAGGAGUUUGGAUAUACCAUACUGUACCAGGAUUGGUCAAUAUGAGGAAAGAUCGUCCAUCAUUCCCCGAUGGAGAAAGCGCCAAUGGUCACGUUCUAAUGUGCUUGUCUUUGGAUUUGGAAGCUGUCAACGCAAUUGUUCAUAAUCUUAGGAAUAUCUACCCCAGGGUGACUUAUCUGAAAAUUCCGGAGAAGGUACAACAUUUGCUGCCUGAAUGGAAUCUUCUCGAAAAGCCUUUAACAGGAAAAAACUCAAAAUCUCUCAAAUUCGAGACACGUGGAAACGGUUUGCUUGUAGAGGUCCUCAUGCAGCGUCCGGGCGCCAAGCAAUCCGUCUAUAAAAGAUUUGCGAGCUCUAAGAACAUCGUUCUAGAUGUUUAUGGACAGACUGACAGCGAAUAUCUCACAUCAAUAUGUAGUAAGAAGUACAGUGUCCGCAAUAUCGAAAACAUAUCUCUUAAAGUUCCCGAAAGUGUAAUGUAUCUAAGGAACAAGAGAGAUCGUAUGUGGUUCGCAGUAAGCACGGCUGCACAUUGGCAAACCCAGGGUACUGGACCAAGGCAGUAUUGGACGUGUAUAAGCAACUUGGAUAAAGAGGACAAAAGAGGCAUAGGGGGUGAUUUAGUUUGCGUCGAGAAUUAUAGAGUUUGGCAUACGUUUGAUAAUUUAAAAGUUAGUGAACCUAAUUGUAUACAGUAAAAGUUGUGUGGCUUGUAUCGUUUCUUUUCUUUGGACGUUUUAUUAAAAA